GAAUUGAACAACAAAGAUGGCGAUUCUGCUCAGUGUAACUGGACGUGAUAUGAAUUGUGAAACGUACAACAGAUGAGCUAAAGGAGCGACAACCCUCACAGCACUGCAGGAAAUCUACCCCAGCGGUUCAGCUACAUCCCACCCACAACACAAGUGUCCACGUCGGUAGAGUGACAGACAACAUGCCGUCUCCUAAAGCUAAAAACCCGGGUCGCAGCGGAGGAAGCCCUGUGCUCGGCAGCACCAACGGCCGCUACGACUUCAUGUCGCUGACCAAGCCGCUGAACCGGUCUUCUCCUCCGCUCCUCCUCCAGCGGCAGGGCUCCGACCCGACCACCGCCCGCCUCCGAGCCUCGGAGAGCCCCACCCGGCGCCGGGGCUCCAGCUCCUCCACGGGCUCAGCGGGGCUGCCAGAAGAGGACGGCAUACGGCUCAACCCCUCCUUCGUCCGCGUAGCGCUCAGCUCCCUGCUCGCCAUCGACCUGUGGCUGUCCAAGCGGCUGGGGGUGUGUGCCUGUGAGGACUCGUCCUGGGGCAGUGUGCGCCCACUGAUGAAACUGAUAGAGAUAUCGGGACACGGCAUCCCUUGGCUGGCUGGUACCGCCUACUGUCUGUAUAAGAGCGACAGUGCCGCAGGACAAGAGGUCAUGCUCAACCUUCUCAUGGGCCUGCUGCUGGACCUGGUCCUGGUUACCAUUGUUAAGGCAGUGGUGCGUCGGCGUCGGCCAGCACACAACCGUAUGGACAUGUUUGCCACCUUUUCUGUAGACCGCUACUCCUUCCCUUCAGGCCACGCCACCCGCGCCGCCAUGUGUGGGCGGUUCCUGCUGGCUCACCUGGUGCUGGCUGCCCCACUGAGGGUCCUCGUCCUGCUGUGGGCUGGCCUGGUGGGACUGAGCCGAGUGCUGCUGGGCAGGCACAACGUGACUGACGUGAUGUUUGGGUUCUGGAUGGGCUAUUGCCAGUAUAACCUAGUGGAGAUGUUGUGGGUCUCACCUCAAACCCUGCAAGGGCUGCUUGGACAGUUGGCUUAAUAUUACGGACUGAGAGAGGAGGAGACAUGGUGGUUUAAAUCAUGGUUUUAAGAACGCAUGCACAUCCUUUGUCUUUUAGACUGACAGAUAAAAGGGAUUGUCUUUUGACUAGAGAAGAGAGCUCUCUCAAAUGGUUUUAUUCUGUCCUUAUCUGACAGCCCACUUCAGCUCUCAUUUUAGGUUGCAAUGAGCCUGCCUGUAAUAAAUAGUACAGAUAUUUAAAACAAAAAGACCAGUGGGAAACAAAUUUGUACAGAUGACCCCCUGAAGCCACCUCACUCUCCUCAUUGGCCUGAAUCACGGACAAUAUAAAGUCAAAGCCUUUUUAAGUCCAAUAGUUGUUUUGGACGCUGGUAAUUAUUUAGACUGCACGUAUACAUUCAUUUGAUGAAGUCUAUAAUUUUACAUCGCAGUGGGUUAAAUACUUAAUGAAAAUUACUGUCUUUGAAUACAGAAGAAUACAAAUAGCCCUCUUCAACUAAGCUUUUCUCAAUUGAGGCAAAAGUCAACAGCAAUAAGUAGUAAAAACAGAUUAAAUACUGUAAUAUAAAGUAAAUGAUAAAUUAGUGGAAUUAGUGUAACCUGACUGCUCUGUGAACAAACCCUGAUGAAAUUCCUUGUUUAGACUAUCAAAGUGUCCAGCAGCAACUGCGGUUAACUAACUGCUCACAAACUGUUACAAACCUAUGUUCACAGAUAUUUCACAGAGAGUAUGCCCCUCAUGUUAUUGCUCUAAUUUGAGGCCAGGGUUAAUGGGAGCACCUUGCCCACCUGUCUUCAACUUUAGGACAGUUUCUAGGAACCAAUCGUGACAUUAGCCAUAUGAGUUUCCCACUCAACAGCUCCUGUUUAACCCCAGCCAUAUGAGCUCUGUCACAGAGCAAACAGAACUUUUAUUUCUUCUUCACAUGACUACAUCUGAUAGGAUUAGAUGUCACGUUGAAUACCCAAACUCUCAUAAGCAAACAUUUCAGCUAUUUGUUACCAAUUCGGUUGACUAUUCAGUACCACUGUUUCGUUAAUAAUCAACCAAACCAUAUCACACACUGCUAUCCUUUUAAUCCUUUAUUCAUCCCCGUAGGAAAAUCAGUUCUCUGCAUUUAACCCAUCCUAAGUAUUAGGAGAGGUGGGCAGCUACUGUGCAGCACCUGGGGACCAACUCCAUCUAAGGAGACUAGUCUAACAUACAUGUUUCUGAUGGCAGCAGAAGCACCUGGAGGAAACCCAAAUUACCAAAUAUUGCUCUUUAAUUAUUAUUAUAUUAUUUCCCUUAUAUAAAAGCCUUACACCUGAUUUCCUAAUUUAGGAAGGAGAAGUGUGUGGGAAUCUUCUCUUCUCUAGGCAUUGGCAGUUUCAAAUGACAUAAUGAGACAGAAGACUGUCAUUAAGUACAAUACAUUAAUUACAUUUGUCAGUAAGAGGAAGGAAACCUGCAUAUUGAAUAUACUUGGGUCUUCAGGUGUUAUGUACCAUAUUUUUACAUACUGUAAACAACCCAUUCACUAAAAAUAACCAGCUGAACUGAGAAAAAAAUAACCACAGUUUGGCUCACAAAGGUUUUUUUUUGCUGAUUAAAAACUAAGGAAGACUUUCACUUCCUGCUGGAAUAUUACGAACUUCAUUUGAAGGGCAAAAAAGUGACAGGUUUAUUAGUGAUGACUGAUUCACAUUGUUGUAGAACAUUUUUUCCACCUCUUUUGUAUAAAACUUAGCUCUUUAUUCCACUCAGUUCCAUUAAGUGUCAGUAACAGUGACAUUACAGGUGUCAUUGGCUACAGUCAUUAACCCACUUACUAAAUCUUAAAAUGUAUUAUUUAUUUAGAUAAAUAAUUAUGACUUUUUAUGGUAACAAUCACAGAAUGCACCCAAUUAUAAAAAACUUAUUUUCCUAUCACCUUAAAUCUUGUUCAUAAAAACGAAAGCUUGCUAGAAUUCUGCACUGUGAAAAUAUCCAUAAAGACACUUUUUUUUUUUUUUUUUUAAGCUCUAGUCUUGUUUGCAACUGCUGCAAUAAUUCUGGUCUCACAGACAAAGAUACACUGAUUAUUCAUUAGUAGACAUUUAAAAUAAAUUGUACCAGAAUGUGUAACCAUGUACGUCAUUUCCCAUUAGCGCCACGGCAACACACCGUUCCAUCAGGAUCAGGUUUGGGUGAGUGGAGUGAGGACGUGUGUUGUAAUGACCUGGUGUGCUGCCAGGUUUCAUGGAUCAGUGAUCAGAGUUUAAAGGCAGUUCUGAAGUUUUGUAACCAACUACAUGAUGAUAAUAAGUGAACAUACUGUAAAUACAGUACAAGGUGCUUUGAAAAAAUGAAUUGGCACACACGCUUGUACCUUAACUUGAAGACCAUUUUAUGAAUGUAAAGAAAAUCCUGGCCAUAAUUACUCUUCUACUAACUAACUAAUAAUGUGUGGAUAGAUCUUGAUUUCAAUCUUUUGUGUUUUAAGUUCUCAGUUGGAGAUGCACAAAGGCAAUAAUCUGUAAAGGCAUUAACAACAAAGUGUUGAACUGUUGGAGCUCUUCCCACAGUUUAUAUUUGACGAAGAAGUAACACUUUAACCUACUGAACUGGUCUUGAAUCUUAAUGUUAGUCACAGAUGUGACUGUGACUUUGGGUGAUUGAGGCUGUGUUUAGGUCAGUGGUUUUGACCUACGCCCCACUGCAGGUGGUGGUAGAUGACCAGGGGAAAAGUAUGGAGUACAACCAAGUUGAAUGAAUGUAAUUUAUUUAGAAUAGUUUUGGUUCCCCCAUUGUUAAUAAUUGCUACUAUUGUGUGUGUCGGGGGCGGGGGGGUGUUAAUGAUUAAUCCAUUUCCACGCACUGACCCACUGAUUUGGGGUUGUAGGCUGAGAUCCAACAUUAAUAUUGAAUUUUAAAUGACGCCAGUGGUCCAGAUGUUGUAACAACGAUGGGUGUUUGACAUUAGAGUAGCAUGUGAACAGUUGUGGUUUACUGAUUUGUGCCCUUGCAAGUGUUUGCUGUCACACGUCUGUACUGCUUCUGAAGAGCAAAUGUGACUUUUCUGGGACAGAUGAUGUGUCAUUUAAGCAAUCAUUUUGCUGACUUGCAACUAACCAUGAAAUCAGAAUUAGCCUACAUACAUGUCAUUGUCGAUAGCCUUUUUUUUUUUUCAGUUGAAGCUAAGUGGAAGCUGAAGGGUAUUUUACCAUCUUAAAUCCCAUUUUUACCGACACUUAUCAAAAGAUUUCACUGUUGAGGAGAAUUGCUCACAUUUUUCCAAAAUAUGAUGUUGAGCUGAGGUUUAAAGAAAAGUAAAGGAAGUGCUGUGCAUGUGUUAUUGUACUUUUAUCCAUUUAGUCACUACGCACAGUUGCACACAGCAUGACUACUGUAGCUAUGGACCACUCUGUGAAGUUGCACAACAGUCUUGGUUUCACUAACUUUACACACACACACCUUGGCACUGCCAGAAAAAAACAACUUAUUAAUAUACAGGUGCAUCAACAUUUCUAUGUUUGUUGGUCUGUUUUAAUUUGUGUGUUGAUUAGAAAUAUGAUCAGAUAAGUGGUCAUAUGAUAUCUCUGUAAAUGUGUGAUGUAUGAACUAUUGUUAAAACUUUUUUUGAUAGAAAGAAUGUUCAGUUUUCGUGCCUGUAGUUUUUUAAAAUAUCGUUCAUUUUGACUGCAAGCCAUUGGAUGUGGUUUGUACCAGCUGGUCCGAGGAAGAGCCAGAUAUCUGGUAUGAGCCAACAUCAUUUAACAGACUAGUCCCUGGUACACUGGUGCCCCAUUGUAGACUGUUUCAUUGACCUCGUACAUGCUGUGCCCUCUCUCUGCAAUAAUUGCCCAAUGCAGGCGAUAAGAUGACCAGUGAGCGAGGUGGUAGCUUCCAGACUUUUUAUUUCAUUACCCUUCACUCGCAAAUCUAAAUAUGCUGGACACUGAACUCUGUGACCAAACUAUUUUUAUGAUUCUGUGUUGUUUUACACUGCACAAUCAUGCAGAAGCCUAAGAAAAAGAUAUCUAUAUCAGUGAUUACAGAAUAGAUUUUGCACAUUCCAUACGUCACCUGUUUACUUCCAGGUUGAGAAACAAAACCUUAAAGAAAGAUGCAUUUUGUUUGUUUGUUCAGCUUUUAAAGAUUGUAAACAAAUGCCACAUCUUUUCUUGCACAUUGUCAAACAUGAAGCCAGCUCCAAUUUAUUUCACUGCACUGAGUUUUGCCUGCUAAAUACUAUAAAUUAUACUGUGUGUUUCCUGUAUAGACCUUAUUCUUAAUGUAUAUACAUAUGCCUGUAUGGUAAUGUGAUUACACUGUGUUAUGUUCAGUGGAUUUGAAUGUGCUGUUCCAUAUUCCCGGAGAGGUUAUUCCUGAAUGAUUUGAUUGUAAUGAUUUUUAAUUAAAUGGGGAACAAAUGUGAAA